AUUCCUUUACAAUCGUGGAAAAUCUAUUAAAUAUUUAACUGAUAUAUUGCCCCGAUUAUUAAUUAACUACAAUUUUCAAGAAAUACCAAAACUUUUUGCAACUUUUCAUCUUUAUGAAGCUCAAAAGAAACCCCAAAAAUAAAAAGAUUUUCCUAAAGCUUAUAAUAAUUGCAUUCUUCAGAGGAGAACGUUUAGCUCUUUCCUGAUUAGUACAGUAAACCAUUGAUUUGGUGGACCUUCACCUAAGCUCACAUAAAAAAGAAGCCAGUGUAUGCCUGUAAUUUUUAGACUUUUUAAAAUACAUUUUUAGCUCUAGAACAAAGAAAAAACACAAUACUUGCAAGCGUUUUAAAUGCAAAGACCUCUUAGAUAUUUAGCAAUAACGUUGCUGUAAUUUAAAGUUAAUCGAAUGGAGUCUUAGCGCCGAUUGACUGUUAUCAAUUGUAUACGAGAAACUCGAAUUUGAAAUAAAAAUCACUUUUGGCUCCUAACAAAGAGAGUGUUAAUCUAAGAUUACUUGCAAUAUUCUGGAUAAAUCCUUUACCAUGUCGGACUACUUUGAGGAACUAGGCCACACACCCACCGGACCGGAGGGAGCCAAUGAUUUGGCCAGGAAUUUCCGACGCCUCCAGGUGUUGGCCAUUAUGAAUGGCAUCGAUAUGGAGAUCGAGGUGCCGGAGGCUUCGAAGCGAGCAAUUGCAGAGCUUCCGAUCCAUGAAAUCCUCGAAUCGGAAGUGGGCGGUGAUUUGGAGUGCUCGGUUUGUAAAGAGCCAGCUCAAGAGGGUGAGAAGUACAAAGUUCUUCCAUGCAAGCACGAGUUCCACGAGGAGUGCAUUCUGCUCUGGUUGAAGAAGACAAAUUCGUGUCCUCUGUGCCGUUAUGAAUUGGAAACUGAUGACCCGGUUUACGAGGAACUGCGAAGAUUCAAACAGGAUGAAGCAAAUAGACGAGAGCGCGAGAACACCAUUAUGGAUUCUAUGUUUGGAUAGUUUUUGAUUUUAGUAGAAACAUUCAUUAAUGCCAUUUUUGUAAAACGGUAUAUGGUAAAAUUUAUAGUACCUAUGUAUGUACAUGUUUGUUAAAAUAAAAGGCGGUAUAGGGAAAAACUUA